AUGAGGACAAGGAAGCCUCCCUGCCCGGUAGAAAAAGUGUGGGUAGACAAGCACAAAUAUGAUGAAGCGGAGAGACUGCAUUACGAAAGAGAAGCCAUGCUAGCUGCUGCGGCGCCUGAGGAAUGCCAGGAGGUAGAGGCUGUAAAUGGAGUCUGCAAUGAUGACUCUGUUGAAAGUGAAUUCAAGGGAGACCUGAAGAGAGCAAGGAAUGGAAAGAAACAAAGGAAACGGAAGCGCUCUCCAAAACCCAAAAAUGUUGCCUCCAAGUUAGACUCUAUUCUGACUGGUUUGUUAGCUGACCACGUGUGGUUUGACAAACCUUUCUAUGAUCAUGCUGAGAACGUGUACAGGAAAAAAAUAGUGGAUUGUCAAAACCAGGAGGCACCUGAGACUGCACUAACUGUUGAGCAGUCCCCUUUAGUGGCCAGGUCAAAAGCUGUCCAAGAUAUUCCUAAGCCAAGGAUGCUUUCAGCAGCCCUGCUCUGCUCCCAUGGUAGUCUGUCUGCGUGUCACCAUAUUGUUCAGGAUGUCUGGGUCAACAAGUUUGACUUUGAUAAGGCCGAGGAGGUGUUUAUCGAAAAAUCUCACUUCUUUCUUCCUCCAAAUGUCCUAACCAUCCCGUCUGUGUGGUCAAACACUGGCAACGUUGGGCUGAGAACACCGGAUGAGGGCUAUGUUACAGCCCUGCCUACUCCUGCUACGCCAAGUUUAGCUCCAGACGUCGUUGCUGAUUCUGCUUCUUCCUUCGUUACCGGUUUGCCUGGCUCUGUACGCCAGACGGUAAAUGGUAAGCCGCAGAUUUCAAGCUUGCAGGCUCUCAUGUCAGAGGUGUGGUUAGAAAAACCUCUUUAUGAUGAUGCUGAGAAGAGCUUCUACGAGAACAUGUUUGAUGGUCAUCCAUCAGGCAAAGUCAGACAGCAGCAACGCGGCUCCCCUGAAGCAUUGAAGAACAGCCAUGAGGACAGCAAGAACCCUAGUGUUGGAAAGCAAACGGGCAUCAAACAUGAGGAGAUGGCCACCAACUCUCUGCUUCCCAGUGAUGCUGAGCAACCUCCGCCUACCUACUUUUUUCUGCACGAGGACAGUGAAACUGUGUGGCUUAAUAAGCCGACGUAUGACAGUGCUGAGUCACGAUACUAUGCAGCCGAGGCUCUGAAAAUGUCAAGAGCAGGAGAGAGUAUGGGGAUGCAGGAAUCCGCAGUAGUAAAACCCUCCCAACCAGCUGCUUAUGCUUCAAGUGUACCUGCGCCAGAAACAAAAAAAAUGGCAGUCGACUACUUUUUGCAUGAGAAGAUCUGGUUUGAGAAAUACAAGUAUGACGAUGCUGAGAGAAGAUUCUAUGAGCAGAUGAACGGGCCAGUUAGCAGCUCUUCACAGCAGCAGAACGGAGCCAGCACGAUCCUACGCGACAUUGCCAGAGCCAGGGAGAAUAUCCAGAAAUCGCUGGCCGGAAGCAGAGGUGCAAGCACAACUUCUGGGCCUGCUGGUGACCAAAAUGAACUCCUUUCCAGAAUUUCUCACCUGGAGGUAGAAAAUCAAAACCUUCGCAGUGUUGUUGCAGACCUUCAGAUGGCCAUCUUCAAGUUGGAAAGCCGCUUGAAUGCUCUGGAAAAGUCAUCUACCUCCCACCAGCCCUCACCAGUUCCUCCAACGCAGCACGUCACCCCAAUGAAGAAAGUGGAGCCGUUCAGUGUUCCCUCCAAGAAACCAGCCGUUGCAGAGGAAGAUGACGAUGAUGACAUCGACCUUUUUGGUAGUGAUGAUGAAGAGGAAGACCAAGAGGCUGCCAAAGUCCGAGAGGAGAGACUGCGUCAGUACGCAGAGAAGAAGGCCAAGAAACCGGGUCUUAUUGCCAAGUCUUCUAUCCUUCUGGAUGUGAAGCCAUGGGAUGAUGAGACUGAUAUGGCGAAGAUGGAGGAGUGUGUCCGCUCCAUCCACAUGGAUGGGCUGGUGUGGGGAGCCUCCAAACUGGUCCCAGUAGGUUAUGGCAUUAAGAAGCUCCAGAUCCAGUGCGUAGUGGAGGAUGACAAGGUCGGAACAGACAUCCUGGAGGAGGAGAUCACCAAGUUUGAAGACUACGUGCAGAGCGUUGACAUUGCUGCUUUCAACAAGAUCUAGAAGCAAAACUGUAUCCCCUUCUGAAACUGUAACUAAUAAAGAUCAAGAUUGGGAGUGCA